AUGGUGGAUUUUAGUGGGUUAAAUCGUGGUUAUGCUUUUUGUAUGUAUACUAAUCGUGAUGAUACUAAACGAGCUGUAAAUGAAUUAAAUUGUUAUGAAAUUCGUAAAGGUAAAAUAUUAGGCGUUUGUUUCAGUAUUGAUAAUUGUCAUUUAUUCAUCGGUGUUAUACCUAAAUUGAAAGCGAAAGAUGAAUUAAUGUUGUAA